AUGUGGCAAACCCCAAGGCUCUUCCAACACUCUCCCCAAUUGCUCCAUCCUCCUCCGCCGCCGCCCCCACUCCUUACCCCAACACAAAUCCAAGACUUUCCCACCUCCCAAUCGCCUCUCAACCUCAGACAACACUGCCAGUUCUCUCGCAGAGAACUCGCCAUUUUCGGCAGCUCGUCUUUGCUUUUCUUGGGGCCACCAGCACUAGAACCAGUUCAUCUUUCCAAGGCACAAGCAGAAGAAAGUCCUGCAAAUACCAAUGGAGAGGCCGGGCAAGAGGAGGAUUCAAAGAUCACUAGUAGUCCCAGCUGCAUUGACAAAACUACAACAAAGAAAGCGUUUCUUGAUAUAUCCGUUAAUGGAGAACGCGUUGGUCGGAUUGUGGUUGGUCUGUAUGGUAACAGUGCCCCGGCAGGUGCGGCCAGGUUCAGUGACCUUGUCAGCGGGGCUGCUGGCAUUAGUUACAGAAGAAAAGAGUUCGUCAAGAUCAUGCCAAAUUAUGUUCAGCACGGUGGACUCAGAUCCUACGGUGUGGAUGCCGAGCUUGCACAGAAGACAGGAGGCAAUUUCGAGAUCGACAGCCUUAAGUCUGAGUGGGAGGGAGUGAAUGGAAAUUGUCGAGGGACCAAGAAUUUAGAGGGAAGCGUUGGCAUCAUUGUGAGGGAUCCUCAGAAACUUCCCCCAAAGUUGAAGUUGAUUGCAAAGAACGGGAAGCUGCAGAUUGACGAAGAAGAAGUUGGAGUUGAUCCAAAUGGGACAGAGUUUGUGAUCGCCACCAAAGACUCGCCCGAGUUGGAUGAGUCGGUUCUGGUGGUUGGGAGAGUUUUGGAGGGGAUGGAGGUUGUGCAGAGGAUUGGCCAGGUCAAGACUGUGCAGGAGAAUACUGGUUCUCCUUAUUUCAGGGUGGCCAAGCUAAUCGGAGAUAAAAGGGCUGUUGUUGCAGAGAGAGGCUUCAAUCGUCCUUACUCAAAGGUGGUUGUCUCAAAUUGUGGCUUGAUAGAUUGACUCACAAAGCUGUUGAUAUUUUCAUCCAGCCAGUCCAUUUUUGUAAGAAAACAAAUUCAUGCAAGGAAAUGUAUUCCAUUACUGCUGCUCGAAAAA